AUGGCAGUACACAAAAGUCGUCCUGAAAAAGCUCAAAGAGUUGAAAUCAAUGAAAAGUUUGAUAUUCAAGCAUUAGAACGCGAUCCGGGAUUGCGACUACCAAUAUGGAAGUGCCCAAUUGAGAAGCGUGAUGAAGUUAGGAGAUCUUAUAUCAAGGCUGGCCCAUAUCAAUGUUUGCUUUCAAAGUAUCCAAAAUCGGGAGAAAAACAUCCUCGUAGUUUUCAGGCAUCUUGGUUUAAGUUAUUCCCUUCUUGGUUAGAAUAUUCUCCUAGUAAAGAUGCAGCAUUUUGUCUACCAUGUUAUUUGUUUCAUACUCAAGAUGGGCCUUCCGGAUUGGAUGCUUUUACUAUCAAUGGGUUUAGAUCAUGGAAGAAAGUUAGAGAUGGAAAAAAUUGCUCAUUUUUAGCACAUAUUGGGAAAGAUUUCACCUCCCCUCACCGAAAUGCCGAGAAAGCUUGUGCGGAUCUCAUGAACCAACAAUCACACAUUGCGCAACAUAUUGAGAAAUUCACAUCUCAAGAAAUAGCAGAGAAUAGACUUCGCUUGAGAACUUCAAUUGAGGCAACAAGAUGGCAUGCAUUUCAAGGAUGUUCUUUUAGAGGUCAUGAUGAGUCAAUAACAUCAACGAACCGUGGAAACUUUUUAGAGCUAUUGAGUUUCAUUGCCUCUUUUAAUGAUGAAGUAACAAAAGUUCUUGAUAAAGCUCCACGAAAUGCAUCAUAUACAUCACCAACAAUACAAAAGCAAAUUUUGCAAGUGUUGGCAACUAAAGUAAAAAGUGCAAUCCGAGAAGAAAUUGGUGAUGCAAAAUUUUGUAUCAUUGUUGAUGAAGCUCGAGAUGAAUCAAAGAAGGAACAAAUGUCAAUUGUCUUGAGAUUUGUUGAUAGAGAUGACUUUAUACAAGAGCGUUUCUUUGGAGUUGUUCAUGUUAAGGACACUAGUGCAUCAACAUUGAAAGAGGACAUCUUUUCUAUCUUAUCUCGUCAUAAUCUUGAUGUUCAAAAUAUUUGGGGACAAGGUUAUGAUGGUGCAACUUCAUCAAAGGAAGUCAUCCCUGUCCAUCAGUUUUUCACUAAGUUAAACUCCAUUAUUAAUGUUGUUGGGGCUUCAUGUAAGCGCAAUGACCAAUUAAAAGCUGCUCAUGCCUCAAAUAUUUCUCAUUUGCUUAGUAUUGAUGAGCUAGAAAGUGGGAGGGGCCUUAACCAAAUUGGUUCUUUACAAAGGCCAGGUGAUACUCACUGGAGUUCUCAUUUGAAAUCUAUAUCAAGUUUGAUGAGAAUGUUUAGUGAAACAUGUGAAGUUUUACUUAAUAUUAUUGAAAAUGGAACUACAUAUGCUCACCGUGGAGAUGCCGAUGCAGCUUAUGAGGUACUCACUUCUUUUGAAUUUGUAUUCAUUAUGCAUCUCAUGAAAAAAGUUUUGGAGAUUUCUAAUAUGCUUUGCCAAGCUUUGCAACUUCAAUCUCAAGAUAUAUUGAAUGCAAUGCAUCUUGUAUCAUCUACUAAAUUGCUUAUUCAAACUUUAAGAGAUAGUGGAUGGGAUGAAUUAGUUGCAAGUGUGAAGUCUUUUUGUGAAACUGUCAAUAUAACUGUGCCGGAUUUUGAUGCUCAAUAUAUUGCAAGAAGAGGAAGGGCUAGACAUCAACAAGAUGAAUUAACAAUUGGGCAUCAUUACAAAGUUGAUAUUUUUUAUGCGGUGAUUGAUUAUCAGUUGCAAGAGUUGAGCAAUAGGUUUGAUCAUAAAGCAAUGGAGUUAAUUGUUCUCAGUUCAUCGUUAGAUCCAAAAGAGAUGCAUAUAUCAUUCAGAAUUGAUGAUGUUUGCAAGUUGGUAGAGAAGUUUUACCCACAAGACUUUGAAGAUUAUGAGACUUUGCAAUUGAGAGUGCAACUUGAACAUUUUGAACAUGUGCAACAACUUCCUAAUUUUAGAACACUAGAAAGUAUUUCUGAUCUAUGCCGAUGGUUGGUAAAAACUAGAAAAUCGAACAUUUAUCCUCUUGUGUUCAGAGUAGUAACUCUUGUUCUCACACUUCCAGUAUCUACAGCUACUACAGAAUGA